UUAAAAGGGUCAGUAUUGACUGCAUAUAUGUUUUUAUGCAAGAGUACUGGCCAGACUGAGCCACGCCUUACAUUUCCUGUAUAUCAAUCCUCGAAUACGGCAAGAAGUCAAAAUGAGCAAAUGAUUACGACACCACUGUACUGAACUGAGAUAUCAUCCGACUGUAGUGAUUUUUAGUGCCCCAACGUACCGGGCAGUAGUUUUAUUGUACUGCGGUAAAUUUGUAAUGUCGCACUGGUUGGGCAAAUUUGUGCUGUGAUUUAGCUCCCCCAUUUCCCAUUCCCAGCGCUUCUGCCACUUCCCAAGAUGGUAGGAAGGGAAAUUUGUAGGCCGAGAUAAGGGGCUUUAUUUUCCACAGCAAUCCCAGGGGAGGAGACCGGAAAUGUUUUUGAUAAACAGAGACGACACCCUGCAGAACGCACAGUAAAUUGAAUUUCUCCUUAGUUGCUGCAGGACCAGCACAGCACUGAAGGUGGAGUUAUGGGACUUAAAGCAACUCUAACAUGCACAGCUCAAGCUUCUGCAUCGUUUGUGUGGAGUAAAAGAAAGCGUGAUCCAGCGGAAGCAAUGGAAGUUCAGAGAGAGAAAGUCAUCAAACUGUUGAUCAUAGCAGCCAUUAUGCACACUGUGGACUCGGAGGAACGGCAGUUAGACAUGUCACCCAAUGCGGUGGAUGACCAGUUCAUAGGGUGUCGGGAUGACAUGCUGAAUAGAAUUUUAGGGAAGGGGGGCCUUCUUGAGCAGGAGCAGACAACCAACGCGCUUUUGAAAGAAAGGAUUGAAAGACGGUGCCAGGAAGCUAUCCCAAAUGGUCAAAAGGAGCAUGCUCAGGCCCUGAAGUUUUACACCCACGCUAAACCCGGAGAGUUUCUCGAUGCUUUCCGCUCCGCCUUGCAAUCCCAAGGUGGGAAUGCCACUGCCUACCAAGGCUUCCAAUUCAAGGCCCUCCACUUCCUGCUGACUGAUGCGUUGCAGCUCCAGGCACCCAAAGGCUGUGCCACUGUUUACCACGUGUCUAAGCAUACUUUCCAAGCGAGGGUGGGGGAAAAAGUGAGGUUUGGGAUGUUUAUUUCUGCCUAUUCAGAAUACGAGGAUGAGCUGCUCCCGGAAAGUGCAGGGACCGUGUUCAGCAUCACCAGCUGCGCUGCGGUCGACGUAGAUACCUCUGCCUGCUACCCUGACGAAGUUGACCUGCUGAUCCCACCUUUCGAGGAGUUCAGAGUGUUGAACGUGACGAACGUUGGAGUUCACAGAAAAAUUUAUUUGAAUCACACAAGGCUUUACAGCAGCCAUAACUGUCUCCUCCUAAGAUCAGGGUCCUCCAGUGAUCCAGUGAACUCCAGCAUGCUGCUGUUAUUGGCUGCCUCUCUGUACCUGUGUUGCUAUUGUCUGGGACAUGCGCCACUGUAAUACACUUUACAAUGAAAGCCACACACAUAAAUACACAAACCAGUUAGCUUGUACUGGCACAUAAUGUGACAAUAACAAUGUAAUUUUCCUCCUUUGCUUUCUUUAUGGAGCUGGGCUUUUUGAAUAAAGUGUAUCAAUGUU